CACGAGCGCUAUUGCUCAGCAGCAGAGACCAGCCACAUGCACUCUCUCCAUCUUGGUCUGGCCGAUCAAGGCCAAGGUUGAUUUUAUGCCAUCGUCACCAUCAUCGUCACCAUGAAGGAGAAGAGAGCUGAGGAUGAGUUGGCAGCCGGGGCAGUGACCGUCUCUCUCUCUCUCUCUCUCUCUCUCUCUCUCUCUCUCUCUCUCUCUCUCUCUCUCUCUAUCUCCCUGUCACUCUCUCUGUCACUCCACGUCCUAUCCCCUUCCUUUCUCUUCCUGCCCAUGGGCGUAGUCGCCGACCUUUACCGGCCGCUUACGCCCGUUUGGGUACAGGCAUCAGCCACAGCCGAGUGUUGUGGUCUAUCACUUGCUAGAGGGUCAAGAGGCCAUAUGCAUGUCUCAGACAUAUCUUGCCUGCAUGUCUCAUUUACGUCGACUCCGACAGGUCGAUCCAGAGAAAGAGGUGUCUGCAUGUCUCAGCAUUCCGCACGAUCUGCGUCGCUAGCCUGUACCCUUUCUCAUCCCGGGCAGCCAUCAGCGGUGGGCGUCUGGGCGUCAAAUUUUGCAGACAUGGAUGGUGAGAGAGAUGGCGAGGGUAAGUGAGAGACGGGUGUGUAGGUACUAAGGUUGGGGCCUCGUAUGUGUUGCCUCAGGUACCACUGGUCGAUACCUUCAAAAAAGGUAUACUGGUAGGAUUAGCAGGUGUAGAUAGUGCUAUAACGGUACAUGCGCCGAGGUAUUACUCCGCAAGUUUCACCUUUUCUCUCAUCCUUUGUGCUGU